AUGGACGACGAGGAAUUAGCUACCAGGGACUACAGUAGACUUCGAAAAAGCAUGCACCGUGAUGGUUCUAUCUACAGGGGCAUGGAUCACUAUCCUUGGAAAGAAGACUACCGCAUCGCAGACCGUGGCGAGACUCGGCUGGAGGCGACGACAAUGUCCGAUCCCACACCAGAUUGCCUCUUUCACAAGGACGGAUAUUGCUGGACGCAUUAUCCCACCGGCAUGCUCCAGUUUUUCUCCUUACGGGUGGUCAAACUCCCCGCGGAUGCCCCCGGCUCGGUAGUUGAGCUGUAUGGAUACGUAGCGGCGCGGGAUAAUCUGGAUCCGCUCCUUAACUACGUCGUCAAUAUCAGCAGGGAUGAUCCCGUUAUUGUGGAGAAAGGUUCGCUCAUCGCCAUGUCCGGUCCCAGGAGAGGGAUCGAGAUGCUGGACUCCAGUCUGCUGGAAUACGACGUUAGGAUCAAGAACGGCGUGCACGAAGAGGAUGACCUGCAGCUGCUCGAUGGCGCGUCGAUGUUUCAGUUCUGGGACGCGUCGGCUCGGCCAUUCACGUUGCGCAUGCCCACAGACUCUGGUGCGAUCGACAUGAUCGUGGCAUGUAUCAACUGUGCUGUCGAGGCGACAGUGGAGGUUUUCAUACUGGAAGUCCAAAGUAGUUUCAAUUUGUCUCUCAUUUGUUUGAAUGGUGGGUUUAUUGAGGAAAUGAUACUCUUUGAUGGAGCCACUGCUGAGUCACGUGGCUUAAAGAGGUCCGUGGUUGCUGUAGCGAGCCAUUCUUAUUUGGAUUUGAAGUUUAAUUUAGGCGCACUUCCGUCUAGCUCCAAUCAACAUUGUUGCUCCUUCAAGGCGGAAAUCCAUGGACAUGUUACUCAAAAUAUAAAGACCGAGUUUGCGUUAAUCUCAUUGAAGGUGACAUGGUCGACUUUGCCUUUCGGCUAA